GCAAUGAUACGUCUGACAUGUUUCUCAGUAUCUCUCAUACAUCUUUCGUAACACAACAUUCUGAUGGCAUAUAAAACAUUUACAUUUCUUGCACGUGCAAGAAUUGCUGGGAUAAAAUCGUUUCCCUUCAAAUCUGCCUACAGUAAGCGGUAUUAUACCCUUAAUUUAACAGAUAAAAUGGAGUGCGCGCAAAAAUUAGUGGCGAAUGAAUCUGCAAUUGUAUGGAUGGAUCUAGAGAUGACGGGGUUGAACUCGAUUACUGAUAAAAUAAUCGAAGUUGCGUGCUUGAUUACCGACAAAGAUCUAAAUAUAUUAACAGAGGGUCUGAACUUCGCUAUAAAGUACCCUAAAGAAGUUUUCGAACAAAUGAACGAGUGGUGUGUGAAACAGCAUAACGAAUCCGGCUUAGUGAAAAAGUGUUUGCAAUCGGAUAUUACACCUGAGGGCGCGGAAACCUUACUUUUGGAUUACCUGAAAAAACAUGUCCCGAAAGGUAAAUGCCCGUUGGCCGGUAAUUCUAUAUACAUGGAUAGACUAUUUUUACGGUACCAUAUGCCCGCCGUUGAUGAUUACCUGCAUUAUCGUAUUAUUGAUGUCUCAAGUAUUAAGGAAUUGUGUCGACGAUGGAGAUUAGAUAUACUGAACUCGGCUCCGCAAAAGCGUUUUGCACAUCGAAGCUUAGAUGACAUACAAGAUACCAUUAAUGAAUUAAAACAUUACCGUAAACAUUUUUUUAGAAACAGCUAAGCAAUAAGUAUAAGAAAAACUAGCAAAAUUAUUGUAUAUUUUCUUAGAACUCUUAAAAAAUUAUACUGCACUGUAAAUUCCCUAAAAAAAAAGUUAUCUAAAGACUAAAAUAAUUUAAAU